AUGAGUGCCUCCAAGGCGCAGUCUCAAAAAAUCUUUGAGAAGCUGAAGCUCAAGCCCGCAAACAAGCUAUGCUUUGACUGUGGCUCCAAGAACCCGACUUGGUCGUCAGUCCCCUUCGGUAUCUACCUGUGCCUCGAUUGCUCAGCCCAUCACCGUAACCUUGGUGUCCACAUCUCCUUUGUUCGAUCCACAAACCUCGACCAGUGGCAAUGGGAGCAGCUGCGAGUGAUGAAAGUUGGUGGAAAUGAGUCGGCGACCAAGUACUUCCAGACUCAUGGAGGAUCAGCUGCGUUGGCGAGCAAGGACCCCAAGACCAAGUACACAUCCAAUGCAGCUGUCAAGUACAAGGAUGAACUGAAGCGACGCGCUGCGGCGGAUGAGCAACAGUACCCCGGUGAGGUUGUCAUUACGGAUAUUCCUGCUGGUACUCCAUCAGAUGGCUCCGGUACCCCUGCAGGCGACCAAGAUGACGAUUUCUUCUCGUCGUGGGACAAGCCCUCCAUCAAGCGUCCGAGUAACCCCCCUUCCCGCACUGGAACCCCACCUGUCGUGAGCCGCAAUGGCUCACCCUUCCUGAACGCCGGCGCGGGCGCCAAUGGCCCUCGCUCGAAAUCCCCCCUGUCUGCAUCCGAUGAGAAGUCCUCUUCUCCUGCCCCGACUGCCAUUCGCGCAAAUGCCGCUGCCCGCAAGACUACCACGACCAGUGCCGCGAAGAAGGGCAGUAUCCUCGGAGCCAAGAAGGCGCCCAAGCUUGGAGCCAAGAAGGUUGUUGCCAGUGAUAUUGAUUUCGAUGAGAUGGAGCGCAAGGCCAAGGAGGAGGCAGAGCGCAUUGAGAAACUGGGGUACGACCCCGAAGCUGAGCAGGCCGAAGCCAAGGCCGCAGCUUCCACCCCGGCGAUCACCUCUCCCACCCCUAUCAGCCCCAGCCGAGCUGGAUUUGGCGCUACUGGCAAGACUCAUGAGCGCAGCUCAAGCGAUGUUGAGCGACUGGGUAUGGGUAUGAACAAGCUUGGCUUUGGUCAGGUCUCGAAGCCUGCGGCCCCGAAGAAGCUUGGCUUUGGUGCCGUGGGCCCCGCCAAGUCCAAUGUGGAUGGUAUGUAUCAAGACCCAAGCCAAAACCAGAACAUAAUAUUAAUGACCCCGAUAGAUGAAGAACUUGUCCAGACGAGGACUCGCUUCGGUACCCAGAAGGGUAUCUCUUCGGAUGAGUUCUUUGGCCGUGAUCGCUUCGACCCCAACGCCCAGGCGGAAGCCAAGCAGAGACUCUCUGAAUUCGACAGUGCCACUUCUAUCUCCAGCAAUGCCUACUUCGGCCGGCCCGAGGACGACCUUCCUGCAAUUGAUGAUGGUUACGGAGAUCUGGAGAAUGCGGCCAAGGACUUUGUCCGACGCUUCGGUAUCACCGCCGGUGAUGACCUCGAGAACCUUUCCCAUCUCGUUGGCGAGGGUGCCACGAAGCUUCAAGGUGCUAUCCGCAACUACUUGAACAGCUAA